AUGGUCAAAGCUUCAAGUCCGGAAUACAAAAGGUGAUUGCGUGUGCAUGUGCUGACAAUAGCUACAAAUGAAGUGGUCAGGGCGCCGAAUCUCGGAUCCAGCACGUAUCCAGACGUCAUGAGAACAAAAUUGGUGUUGACGUCUUCUGGAGCCGAAGGCGUGAGACUCAUGGACUCUCGAGUUGGAGCCCUGGGCUCCAGAGCUCCAGGGCUUCGAAACCUAAUUGGUUUCGGAAUGGCAAAUGAGCAUUUGCGGGUCCACGAGAAUUGA